AUGAAUCAUACCUCCAAAUUUAAUGCACUCAUGAAAUUGAUUUUUCUGCGCAACUCACAAGCAUUUGCAGCCAUUGGUUUCGUUGGAGCUUCAGUUUUUUCUUACUAUGUGCAACCGUACCUCGAAGUCUUUAAUCGAUGGAAUCACGUGAAAACGCGUAUUGGACGCGAAAUGGAACCAAAUUCUCGGGUCGUAAGAAUAGCCAAUUCGGCUUUUGCGAAGCUAAAGGUACCUGAAGCACUGAGUCAGAAGGUGGAUAUCUUUCUAACCAAGUACGCCGAGUCCGUGGCGCUGGGAAGCCUAGACACCGACUCCGACGGGUACGCCUUUAUAGGGUUGCCGUAUUUCUCCGUCUACGAGGACUCGUCAGACAUCCCCCUCGAAGACCUAACAUUUUCCUCGCCCCUGUUUCCUUAUGCGGCGCAUUCAUCUUUGGGCAAGAAACGGCUCCAACUCAUGCACAUAUCGGAUUCUGCUUUGGAAUUUCUUGUUGCUCGAGAAGUAGCGCGCCUUUUGGGAUCUGCAAAACUCGCUGAUUGUCGAAAGUCUGAAACAAGUAAAUUUUCCACUUUCUUUCCUUCACCGCGUAUGUCCGCACGUAUUGCAUCCCUGUCACUGAUUGCGACCCUUUAUCUUUCCUAUCAGACCUGUUACGCACUAAACCGUCUCCUUCGUCUGCAUAUUGCCUGUCCCCGAUCCUUGCGGGUACUUAAUUAUCUCGGCGUUGCUGCCUUGAUGGUGCUGUGCCAACGACAAAUCUUAGUGUCAUGGCAGCACCAUGUCUGCUUGGCGUUGGACAAAGCUGUUUGCGAGGCUUGCAGUGAUUUCUACGCAGGAGGGAUUGAGUACUACAAGUGGAAGCGCGAGUGGAAUAGUUUCUGGACUCAGGUGUUGCCGGUGUGUCGCAAGGCAAUGCGUCUGCUCCGCCAGGUCUCCGCCGGCUCACUGACCCCCGAGUUGUCGCCAGCUCUUAAGUAUCAAGUGCAAAUGGCCCUGAGUGAUCCGGCCAUUUUGCAGAGGGAUCCUUCAGAAUACUACUUUAUACCACCGUCGAUUGUUCACAUGAAUCGGUCCUCGAAAGAUCCCGUUCCCCUCCUCGAGGACUGUUCUCUCAGCUACCUGUCAGCCUACCACCUGCCAGCCUACGAUGUGAAUUCGCGACAGGGCGACGAGAAGUUUGCCUCUGAUGGCGAAACUCUUCGUUUAAAUCUGCCCGGACUCCUGUCUUUCGGUGUAUUUCCCGCCUGGCUUGCCUUCAUUUUCGAGAUGCUUUCUUUUCCCGCCACUUGCGGCCAGCGCAAGACUCAGCUGGAAUUUGACCUGCUGGCUAGUUAG